AUGGAUCCUGAACAAAGUGUCAAGGGCACCAAGAAGGCUGAGGGAAGUCCCCGGAAGCGGCUGACCAAAGGAGAGGCCGUGCAGGCCAGUGUUUCGUCCAGUGCCCCGUACCCAGGCAGCGGCACGACUGCCACCCCAGAGGGCCCCCUCCAAGAGCUCCUCGCCCCGCAGCCCUUCCCGGGCCCCUCGUCGGUUCUUAGGGAAGGCUCUCAGGAGAAAACAGGCCCUAAGAGGUCCUCCAUUGAAACCUCCGUCCCCAUCUCGAAGCUUCCGCAGCACCCUCUGACACCAGCAUUCAUGUCGCCCGGCAAACCGGAGCAUCUCCUGGAGGGGUCCGCGUGGCAGCUGGUCGACCCCAUGAGACCUGGACCCUCAAGCUCCUUCGUGACCCCUGGGCUCCAUCCUCCAAGCCAGCUCCUGCCUUCCCACGCUUCCAUCAUCCCCCCCGAGGACCUGCCUGGCAUCCCCAAAGUCUUUGUGCCCCGUCCCUCCCAGGUCACCUUGAAGCCCCCAGAAGAGGCGCCCAAGAAGGAGAGGAAGCCGCAGAAGCCCGGCAAGUACAUAUGCCAGUACUGUAGCCGGCCAUGCGCCAAGCCCAGCGUGCUCCAGAAACACAUCCGCUCGCACACGGGCGAGAGGCCCUACCCCUGCGGCCCCUGCGGCUUCUCCUUCAAGACCAAGAGUAACCUGUACAAGCACAGGAAGUCCCACGCCCACCGCAUCAAAGCCGGCCUGGCCUCCGGGGUGGGCGGCGAGAUGUACCCCCCGGGGCUGGAGAUGGAGAGGAUCCCGGGGGAGGAGUUCGAGGAGCCCACCGAGGGGGAAAGCACAGACUCAGAAGAGGAAACAGGCACCACGUCUGCCCACCCCACAGAGCUCUCCCCCAGGCCCAAGCACCCCCUCCUGUCCAGCGGCUUGUACAGCUCUGGGAGCCAGGGCUCCAGUCACGACCGCUGUUCCUUGUCCCAGUCCAGCUCAGCCCCGUCGCUUGAGGACCCCACCCCGUUCUCGGAACCCUCCUCCGAACACCCCCUGAGCCAGAAACCCGAAGACACCCACACGAUAAAGCAGAAGCUGGCCCUCCGCUUGAGUGAGAGGAAAAAGGUGAUGGACGAGCAGGCGUUUCUGAGCCCGGGCAGCAAAGGGAGCACGGAGUCUGGAUAUUUCUCCCGCUCUGAGAGCGCCGAGCAGCAGGUCAGCCCCCCGAACACCAACGCCAGGUCCUAUGCCGAGAUCAUCUUCGGCAAGUGCGGGCGGAUCGGGCAGCGGACCGCCAUGCUGACGGCCACGUCCACGCAGCCCCUCCUGCCGCUGUCCACCGAAGACAAGCCCAGCCUGGUGCCUUUGUCUGUGCCCCGGACGCAGGUCAUAGAGCACAUCACCAAGCUCAUCACCAUCAACGAGGCCGUGGUGGACACCAGUGAGAUAGACAGCGUGAAGCCGAGGAGGAGCUCGCUGUCCCGGCGCAGCAGCAUGGAGUCCCCCAAAUCCAGCCUCUACCGGGAGCCCCUGUCGUCCCACGGCGAGAAAACGACGAAGCCCGAACAAUCACUGCUGAGCCUCCAGCACCCGCCCAGCACCACCCCCCCUGUGCCUCUGCUGAGAAGCCACUCAAUGCCUUCCGCCACCUGCACCCUCAGUACCCCCCAUCACACCUUCCGAGGUAGCUACUCGUUCGACGACCACGUCACCGAGUCCGAAGCCCUGAGCCGCAGCACUCAAGUGCUUACCUCCCACCCCCGGAUGCUCAAGCGCCAGCCGGCCAUCGAACUACCUUUGGGAGGGGAGUACAGUUCCGAGGAGGCCGGGCCCAGUAGCAAAGACACAGCCUCCAAACCCGCGGACGAGCCGGAACCCAAGGAAAGUGACCUCACCAAAAAGACCAAGAAGGGCUUGAAAACGAAAGGGGUGAUCUAUGAAUGUAAUAUAUGCGGUGCUCGGUACAAGAAAAGGGACAAUUACGAAGCCCACAGGAAGUACUACUGCUCGGAGCUGCAGAUCACAAAGCCCGUCUCUGCAGGUGCUCACGUGUCCCCAGAAGCCGAAAAGAGUCAGGCUGAGCACGAGCCCUGGUCCCAGAUGAUGCAUUACAAGCUGGGGACCACCUUGGAGCUCACUCCGCUGAGGAAGAGGAGGAAGGAGAAGAGCCUCGGGGAUGAGGAAGAGCCGCCUGCCUUUGAGUCGACUAAAAGUCAGUUUGGCAGCCCCGGGCCAUCCGAUGCUGCUCGGAACCUUCCCCCGGAGUCCACCAAGUCACCAGCAGAACCGAGUAAGUCAGUGCCCUCCCUGGAGGGACCUGCGGGCUUCCCGCCGAGGACUCCCAAGCCAGGGUCUGGUCUCGAGUCGGGGAAGGAGAGGAGAACAACGUCCAAAGAAAUUUCCGUCAUCCAGCACACCAGCUCCUUCGAGAAGUCCGACUCCCUGGAGCAGCCCAGCGGCCUGGAAGGGGAAGACAAGCCCCCGGCCCCGUUCUCCUCGCCCCCGCCCGCCCCACACGGACGCUCCGCCCACUCCCUGCAGCCCAGGCUGGUCCGCCAGCCCAACAUCCAGGUCCCCGAGAUCCUGGUGACGGAGGAGCCCGACCGGCCAGACACGGAGCCUGAGCCACCUCCCAAGGAGCCCGAGAAGACAGAGGGAUUCCAGUGGCCCCAGCGCAGCCAGACGCUUGCCCAGCUCCCGGCAGAGAAGCUGCCCCCUAAGAAGAAGAGGCUGCGCCUGGCAGAGAUGGCCCAGUCAUCGGGGGAGUCCAGCUUCGAGUCCUCCGCGCCCCUGUCUCGCAGCCCCAGCCAGGAGAGCGGUGUCUCUCUGAGCGGGUCCAGCCGCUCCGCCUCCUUCGAGAGGGAUGACCACGGGAAAGCCGAGGCCCCCGGGCUCUCGUCCGACACGCGCCCCAAACCCUUGGGCACCCACAUGCUGACCGUCCCCAGCCACCACCCGCACGCCCGAGAGAUGCGGAGGUCAGCCUCAGAGCAGAGCCCCAACAUUUCCCACUCCACCCACAUGACUGAGACACGCAGCAAAUCAUUCGACUACGGCAGCUUGUCCCUGACAGGCUCUUCGGCGCCGGCCCCAGCGGUUCCCGCUGCCCCGGCGGCCCCCACAGCCCCGCCAGAGAGAAGGAAAUGCUUUUUGGUGAGACAGGCCUCUCUGAGCAGGCCUCCAGAAACUGAGCCAGAGGCCGCCCCCAAGGGACGACAGGAGAGCGAGGAACCAAAGCCCUCAUGCAGUAAGCCUUCCGCCAAAAGCUCACUGCCCCAGAUAUCCUCGGCGGCCACCUCGCACAGCGGGCACCCGGGAGGCAAGAGCCAGGGGCAGGACAGACCCCAGCUGGGGUCCACUCCGCCCUACACAGAAGCUCUGCAGGCGUUCCACCACCCCGUUGCCCAGCUCCCCCUGCAUGAGAAACCCUACCUGCCCCCACCCGUCUCCCUCUUCUCCUUCCAGCCCCUCUUGCAGCACGAGCCAGGACAGUCUUCAGAAUUCUUCUCCACCCAGGCCAUGUCCAGCCUCCUCUCCGCCCCGUACUCCAUGCCGCCACUUCCUCCCUCCUUAUUUCAAGCCCCGCCACUUCCCCUCCAGCCCACCGUUCUGCACCCGGGCCAGCUCCACCUCCCCCAGCUCAUGCCUCACCCAGCCAGCCUCCCCUUCCGGCAGCCCCCUUCGUUUCUUCCCGUGCCGUACCCUGCCUCGUCGGCACUCUCUUCUGGAUUUUUCCUGCCUCUGCAAUCCCAGUUCUCGCUUCCGCUCCCCGGUGACGUGGAGAGCCAUCUGCCCCAGAUCAAAACCAGCCCGGCCCCGCUGGCAACGGGAACCGCCGGCCUCUCCCCCAGCACAGAGUACAGCAGCAAUGUCCAGCUGUCCCCCGUGGCUCCCCCGGCCAGCUGCUCGGCACCCACAUCAGCCCCCCCACUGACCCUGCCCGCCUGCCCAGACACCAUGGUAUCCCUGGUUGUGCCCGUCCGCAUUCAGACCAACAUGCCGUCCUAUGGGAGUGCCAUGUACACCACCCUGUCCCAGAUCCUGGUCACCCAGUCCCAGAGCAGCUCAACAACCGUGACUCUUCCCAAGUUUGAGGAGCCCCCGUGCAAAGGGACAACUGUGUGUGGGACGGAUGUGUACGAGGUCCGGCCUGGGUCGGCUGGGGUGAGCGAAGAGCAGAGCAGAGGUUUCCCGACUCCAUACUUGAGAGUGCCUGUGACAUUGCCCGAAAGAAAAGGCGCCUCCCUGUCCUCAGAGAGCGUCCUGAGCCCAGAGGGGAGUUCUUCAACGGUCGGGGGGAGCAAACGUGUCCUUUCACCAGCUGGCAGCCUUGAACUUACCAUGGAAACCCAGCAGCAAAAAAGGGUGAAGGAAGAGGAGGCUUCCAAGGCAGAUGAAAAACUUGAGCUGGUAAAACCAUGCAGCGUGGUGCUCACCAGCACGGAGGACGGCAAGAGGCCGGAGAAAUCCCACUUGGGUAGCCAGGGCCAGGCCAGGAGGGAGCUAGAAACACUGUCCAGCCUAUCCUCAGAUCCGUCUGACCCGAAGGAAAUCAGUCCCCUUCCUCACUCCUCGUUGUCCCAUGUGACGGCCCCAGGCUCAGAGGCUUUGAAGGAAUACGCCCAGCCAUCCGCUAAGCCUCACCGAAGAGGGCUGCCCUCACUGAGUGUGAAGAAAGAAGAUUCCAAGGAACAACCUGACCUCCCUCCACUGGCACCUUCCAGCUCGCUGCCUCUGUCAGAAACGUCCCCCAGACCAGCCAAGUCGCAAGAAGGUACGGACUCAAAGAAGGUACUGCAGUUCCCCAGCCUCCACACGACCACUAAUGUCAGUUGGUGCUAUUUAAACUACAUUAAGCCAAAUCACAUCCAGCAUGCAGAUAGGAGGUCCUCUGUUUACGCUGGUUGGUGCAUAAGUUUGUACAACCCCAACCUUCCGGGGGUUUCCACUAAAGCUGCUUUGUCCCUCCUGAGGUCUAAGCAGAAGGUGAGCAAAGAAACAUAUACCAUGGCCACAGCUCCGCAUCCUGAGACAGGAAGGCUUGUGCCAUCCAGCUCCCGCAAGCCCCGCAUGACAGAGGUUCACCUCCCUUCGCUGGUUUCCCCGGAAGGCCAGAAAGAUCUAGCUAGAGUGCAGAAGUCAGAAGAGAAGCGAGGGAAGCCGGAGGAAGAUGCUCCUGCCUCCAAAAGAGGGGAGCCAGCGAGGAUCAAAAUCUUCGAAGGAGGGUACAAAUCAAACGAAGAGUAUGUAUAUGUGCGAGGCCGCGGCCGAGGGAAAUAUGUUUGUGAGGAGUGUGGAAUUCGCUGCAAGAAGCCCAGCAUGCUGAAGAAACACAUCCGCACCCACACUGACGUCCGGCCCUAUGUGUGCAAGCACUGUCACUUUGCUUUUAAAACCAAAGGGAAUCUGACUAAGCACAUGAAGUCAAAGGCCCACAGCAAAAAGUGCCAAGAGACAGGGGUGCUGGAGGAGCUGGAAGCCGAAGAAGGAACCAGUGAUGACCCGUUCCAGGACUCAGAAGGGCGAGAGGGCUCAGAGGCCGUGGCGGAGCACCAGUUUUCAGACCUGGAGGACUCAGACUCGGACUCGGACCUGGACGAAGACGAGGAUGAGGACGAAGAGGAGAGCCAGGACGAGCCAUCGGGACCGGCCUCGGAGGCACCCCCGCCUGGCCCGCCAGCCACACUGCCGGCAGACUCCUCACCCGUCCCGGGCCCUCAGCCCCCAGAUGCCACCUCUGGCGACCAGGCCACGCGGGGCAGCUCGGUCUUGGAAGCUGAGCGCUCGGCAGCUGGAAGUUGUUCCACGUCCAGCCAAAGCAUCCCGUGCCUCCCCCGGCUGGGACCGGCCCCUCCGGGCCCCGUGGAGAAGGACACAGGCUCGGCCCUGAGCUCCAAGGCUGUGUCCCCAAGAAGGCCGUGGUCCCCAAGCAAAGAAGCAGGCAGCCGCCCAGCACUCACCCACAAACACUCACUAACCAAAAGCGACUCGUCUCCCCAGCUACACCCACCGGCCGGAGAGCCACAGGCCUCAGCCCCGAGCCCGCCGGGCCCCCAGCCAGGCCCUCUCCCUUGUGGGUCUCCAAGACUCGAGCUGUCUCCUCUCACCCUCCGCCCCCUGGGAAGGGAACUGCCCCCUCGAGUGCAUCCACCCCCCGAGCGCAAGGGGGCCCCAGAUCCGGGCCCCCCCAGACAUUCACCCACCAGGAGACGGUCCCCGGGCCAGGCCGAGUCACCGCCACGGUCAGCGCUGCCAGGGAAGUGGGCCUUGGCUGGGCCGGGCAGCCCCUCAGCGGGCGAACGCGGCCCAGGCUCGGGGCUGGCCCCGCGGGCUCCCUACCCGCCCCUGCCUCUACCUCACAAGCUUCUUGGCAGAAGCCCCGAGACCUGCGCCUCCACGUGGCAGAAGGCCGCGUCCCGGAGUCCCUCCUGCUCACCUGGCCCUGCUCAUCCUCCCUCCUCCCGACCCUUCUCGGCCCCCCAUGACUUCCACGGCCACACCCCAGCCCGGACAGAGGAGAACAUCUUCAGCCACCUCCCUCUGCACUCCCAGCACUUGACCCGUGCCCCGUGCCCCCUGAUUCCCAUUGGCGGGAUCCAGAUGGUGCAGGCCCGGCCGGGGGCCCACCCCACCCUGCUGCCGGGGCCCACGGCCACCUGGGUCAGCGGCUUCUCGGGAGGUGGCAGCGACCUGACAGGGGCCCGGGAGGCCCAGGAGCGAGGCCGCUGGAGUCCCACCGAGAGCUCGUCAGCCUCCGUGUCCCCUGUGGCUAAGGUAUCCAAGUUCACACUCUCAUCGGAGCUGGAGGGCAGGGACUACCCCAAGGAGAGGGAGAGGACGAGUGGGGGCCUGGGCAGACCUCCUGACUGGGAGCCCCGAGUGGCUGAGGUGCCCGCAGAGCCCGUACCCACCCACAGCCCCCGCACCCCGCCCGAGGCCUCACCCCGGCUGUCCCACGGCCGCAGGCCAGAAUCCUGGAGCCCCCGCCUGGAGUCACCACGCACGCCGGCCAACCCCGCGGCCUCUGCCGCCUCGCCCCUGGACCGCAGCAGUUCGGUAGGCUGCCUGGCAGAGGCCUCCGCUCACUUCCCAGCCCGGAGGAGGAACCUCUCUGGGGAACCCAGGACCAGUCAGGGCUCCCCCGAGCCCUCAGGAAGUGGGGGGCCUGGGGCACCUCCACAUCAGCCCAAGGACAGGGGCCCCCCAAGCACUUAG